AUGGCGGAAAUGGAGCAGUCCACGGCGGCCACUACCGCAGCUGGAGGCGAGACCGCAUUCGCUCCAUUCAAGCUCCGCCAUUCUUGUGACCUAUGCUAUGCUUCGAAAAUGCGGUGUACACGAGAGAAGCCGACUUGUUCCCGCUUCCAACCAAACGCCCUGGGCGGCCUCGCCGAAGAACUGCAGCGGGCGACUCGAGGGGUGGCAGCAGCAAACCAUAUUUCGCAACCAUUGCUCACCAAGCCCUUCUCGCCAAAGGAUUUCUCCAGUGCGGCCCUGGACCAGACUGUGCACUCCUUCAACGAGCCGGGUGAUUCUCUCCUCUUUCCCCUCGAUUAUCUCGAGUCGGUCGACCUGCGACAGCCCGAGCUCGACAUUAUUCUCUCUGAUUCAGAGACGGGGUUUUACCCGGACAUGAUCGACUUGACGACUGGGGAUGGACAGCAACCCUUCGUCUCACCCAGGUCGCUGAGUACGGUGGGCUCCAUGCUCCCUCAGGAAACCAUGCUCGCUCAGGAGACCAAACUCCCUCAGGAGACCAUGCUCCCUCAGGAGACCAUGCUCCCUCAGGAGAACCGGUUUUUGCACGACUGCGUGGCUCUAAAAAACUGGGCCUCGACCGCGGGCUCCCUAAUCUUGCUCAACCAGAUGGACGAGCUGGGCCCCUCAAGUUUCAUGCGUCAGUUGCGACCGGGCCAUCUCCUCGAGCGCCACCUGCACUUGCAGCGCCUGCUCCUGUGGGCGUGGCGGAGCUACCAAAACUGCGCCAUUUGUAAGGACGACACUCUUUCUCGAUGCACUCUGGCGUGUAUUGCCGGAGAGAUCAUAGGCAGUUACUACACCGUGGUCGAAGAGGCAGCCCAACAGCAAUGUGUCUCGUCCAGCUCCAAGCCGAAGAACCGAUCAACCUUCGACCAAGCACACCUGGAACUCGCAUCCAAAGUUAUCCAGGGGCCGGCGAAAACGGUAUUUUUGCGACGGCUGAUCGAGAUCAAAGUGAAAGAGAUUGGUCGCUUCCUGGAUCAGCUUCUCCGGCAGAAACACGAAGCGGCAGCUCCCGGGCCACCUGCACAUUUACAAUUCUUAAUCUCGGGAAUCGCGGAGAAAGUUGAUGUCACUGCAGGGAUGCUAACCACGCUGGAAUAA